AAGAUUAUCAUGUUUAUGUGAAUUAGUUUAUAACUACACAAAUAUAAUGAAAUAUAAUAAUCGUUAUUCUCCAGCCCAGGCAGGAAACUAAAACAGUAACAUAAACAUUAAUGGAAAGAGAACAAAGAUCCCUGAAGGUGUACUGAGUGGACAUGCCUCAGCAGAGGACACGUCCCCUGGUUUCACAGUAUAACUAGGACACAACCACUGACGCCAUGACGACCAGUGGUGGCAUGACAACCAGCCAUGACCCCACGGACGGAGCAGACCGCUGGGCUCAGGUUUUCACCCGGGGGGACCCAUUAUGUGUACCAGUAUCCAGUCUGCCACGACUCCUGACACAACAGUGGAAAAAUGAUGCAAAAAAGUGAGGAGGUUGCAGGAGGGACACGGAGCGGACAGAGGAUGAUCUUCACAGGCCCGGAUGGAAUUGGAGACUACAGGCCCAGAUCAAAUUAUUUCCCCCGGUACAUCGGUGUGGGCGCCUCUUCAUCACCUGAGGCCACAGGUGACCUCAGUUACUUGUGGCGAGCUGCACCACAGGCCCGCCCUCCCCUGCCCAGGCAGAGCUGUGUGGGGGAGGUUGGCUGGUGCUGGCAGUACAACCAGCUGCUGAACAGCAGGACGCUGCACAGCAAUAUGCAAAUUAAGAAAACUGAGUUACGGACAGUGUUGGAGGACAGAGUGACUCACAGGUUCCAAAACAAACAGAACAAAUGCUGCCUCGAGCCGUACACAAGAAAUCAGACAGACAGACAGACCUCGUCUGAUCACUGCCGGUUUGUUUCCUCUGGAGCGAACACGAUGGAUGAGUCACUCCGAGUCAACACCAAGUUUCACAGAGACGCUCAGAGCUAACGACAGAUGGCCUUCUACCACUCAUGGCAGCUGGAGGACCUUUCUGUUAAUGAGAUGUGUCUCAUUUGAUUAAACAUCUUGUAAUCGCUGCGA